UGAUCUUCAUAUUUUAUCAAGAACAAUUAUAUAAUCUUAACCAAUAUUUAAUUGAAAUAAAAUCACAAGUUUACAAAUGCGACAUUAUAAUAGUGCUGCCACCUAUUAACUUUAAUAUAUCAAAUGUGUCAACAUUUUUUUAUUAACAUCAUUCUUAAAAAAAACCAAAUUGCAUUAACUUCCUGUACAUAUAAUAAUAGUGCAAUAUUUAAGAUAUUAAGAAAAUAUUGAAAAUUUAAUUCAAAUAACAUACAUAUGGCAUAAUGAUUUGAUCUACUAUGACAAUAUUUGCAUUUGAUAUCCAAAUAAUUUUAUAAUUCGAGUUACAUAUCCACAACAAAUAUGGCAGCGACAGAUGAUACAAAACUCGAUUUUAAAGUUACAAUGGAAUAUGCUGAUCCUCAGAAUAUUGAAGGUGAAUUAACAGUAGGAGCCAAACAAAAAUCAAAUCUUGGAGAACCUGAAUUUAAUACUUUAGAUGAACCAAUCAGAGAUACAAUUCUCAGGGAUGUUCGGGCAGUGGGUAAAAAAUUUUAUCAUGUUUUAUAUCCUAAAGAAAAAAAAAGCUUAUUGAAAGAAUGGGAUCUUUGGGGACCAUUAGUAUUAUGUACAUUUAUGGCAAUGAUAUUGCAAGGUUCUUCCGAUACAGCAAAUAAUUUUAAUGAUGGAGGACCAGAAUUUGCAGAGGUUUUUGUAAUUGUAUGGAUUGGUUCCAUAGUUGUUACUUUAAAUUGCAAAUUAUUAGGUGGCAAUAUAUCCUUCUUCCAAAGUAUUUGUGUCUUAGGAUAUUGCUUGUUGCCAACUGCCAUUGCUUUAAUUUUAUGUAGAAUUAUAUUAAUCACAGAGCAGACUACUUUCUUAUUUAUUCUAAGAUUCAUUAUUACUAUGAUUGGAUUUAUGUGGGCAACAUAUGCAUCAAUGGUAUUUCUUGGUGACAGUCAACCAGUAGGAAGAAAAGCUUUAGCUGUAUAUCCAAUAUUUUUAUUCUAUUUUGUAAUUUCAUGGUUAGUUAUAUCUCAUACUACAUAAAAUAAAAUAUAAAAUAAUUAUAACAAGAA